AUGAAAACUAGCUGGAGUAGGAAGAACUUUCUGCUUGUGGCAGGACUGUCGCUUAUAGGUGUCCAUGUUGGUAGUAUCCUUGUAAACUUAGUUGCAAAAAAAUCUGUUCAAUCGCAUUCAGAAAUUAAAAAAGAUCGUCGUGAAUGAAAUAGC